AGACCUUCGACCUUCAAUUCCCACUUACACGACCGACAACGAACCAAUUGUCCUCCGCCGCAAACCCCCAACACCUUCAGAAUGCAGGUCCGGCACAGAAACACAGUAGAGCGCCUCGACAGGCCGAGCGCAUAUUACCACAACCGGAACAAGCGCAGGAGAAACGAUCACCGCGACGCAGCCCGCGAAGCCCGCGACGCCGAAGACGAGGCCGCCACCAAGAACGAGCCCCUCCCCGAGGACCCCCUCGCCAACGCGACGACGCUGUACGUCGGCAACCUCUCCUUCUACACCACCGAGGAGCAGGUCUACGAGCUCUUUUCAAAGUGCGGCGAGAUCAAGCGCCUCGUCAUGGGCCUCGACCGCUUCAACAAGACACCCUGCGGCUUCUGCUUCGUCGAGUACUACACCCACCAGGACGCCCUGGACUGCAUGAAGUACAUCGGCGGCACCAAGCUCGACGAGCGCGUCAUCCGCACCGAUCUCGACCCCGGUUUCGAAGAGGGGAGACAGUACGGUCGCGGUAAGAGUGGUGGACAGGUGCGUGACGAGUACCGCGAGGACUUUGACGAGGGACGUGGUGGGCUUGGUAGAGCGAUUCAGAUGCAGAGGGACCGAGAUGAUCGAAUGGGCGAAUAUGAGGAGUCGCGAUGAGUGGUGGGUGUGCUUGUACGGAUAUAUUUGGGACUGGGGAACACGUCUUUGUCCGACAAAGGACGGCAUCAAAAGCAAAUGAAACGUGGGAGACGCAAAAGGAGAACGAGAGACUCUACUUUGGGUGGUGGGAAACAAUCCUUUUGCAACAACUAGGCAGGCUUCUGGGAAUCGAUACCCCAAUAUGACACAAUCAUGGACAU